UUUCAUUUCCGAUCGGUCCAUGCUAUAUACUUCUUUCAGCCGAACGAACCCUAAUUAGGGUUUUUGCAUUUGUUCUGUGAGAUCUGUAGCCACCGAUUUGAAAAGAUGAGUAAGCUUCAGAGUGAUGCUUUGCGAGAAGCUAUCUCAGGAAUAAUGGCUGAUUCCAAAGAGAAGAAUCGUAAAUUUGUGGAGACCAUUGAACUCCAAAUUGGUUUGAAAAACUACGAUCCACAAAAGGACAAACGUUUUAGCGGCUCUGUCAAGUUGCCUCACAUUCCUCGCCCCAAGAUGAAGAUUUGCAUGCUUGGUGAUGCUCAACACGUUGAAGAGGCAGAAAAGAUUGGACUGGAUUACAUGGAUGUUGAAGCCUUGAAGAAGCUUAACAAGAAUAAGAAGUUAGUGAAGAAACUAGCCAAGAAAUACCAUGCCUUUUUAGCUUCUGAAGCAGUCAUUAAGCAGAUUCCUCGUCUUUUGGGUCCUGGUCUCAACAAGGCAGGGAAGUUCCCUACACUUGUUACUCACCAGGAAUCUCUUGAGUCUAAGGUUAAUGAGACCAAGGCUAUGGUCAAAUUUCAACUCAAGAAGGUGCUCUGCAUGGGAGUAGCAGUGGGCAAUGUUAGUAUGGAGGAAAAACAAAUCUUCCAAAAUGUCCAAUUGAGCGUUAAUUUCCUUGUCUCCUUGUUGAAGAAGAACUGGCAAAAUGUUAGGUGCUUGUAUCUGAAGAGUACCAUGGGGAAAUCUUAUCGUGUCUUUUGAGGGAUUUCUUUUUUUCUUGAAUUUGUGAUCGCGCUUAAUACGUUGAUUAUCUUAAUAGCUGGAUACAAAUUUUCAUCUUGUUGUUUUGCUGAAUGAAUUUUUAUGGUUUUAGCGUUUUGCCUUCAUGUUAAAACAUUCGAUAAUGAUAGGCGUGUUAUUUUUGGUGCUGCAUUCGUGUGUUUACAUGGUAAUUGCUACAACUCUUGCCCAACGCAGCUCUUAAAUGAGCUUAUUAAAUUUUAGCUUCAAACUUAGU